AUGGCAGCAGAUGAAGAUCUGUCGCCUACUGAGACACUAGAGGUAAAGAUCUGUGGAGCUUUCAAGGCCGAAGAACUGGCUCAGGGAGCACCCUGGGAUGAGCUUUGUAUUCUGGGUAAUAAUUCAUGGGGUCGCAAACGGGGCCUGAGGGCCUCACGACAGUGGCAGAGGAUCCCCUGUACUGAU